UUAUCCAGUCAUUCCAACUUGUGCUUAGCAUCGGCCAUCUUGGAGCAAAAGGAAUUUCAUUCUGACUCGAGAAAUGGCCAAGCUCUCCUUUUCCAAUUUCAUCGAUGUGGCUAUGCCGUCUAUUAUACCUUCCCAUCCUCAGCCCAAUCUCAAUGGGUUUCAAAUUAAGCCAGAAAGAGCCAAGACCUUCACAACUUCUGCAUUCAGCUCAGGCGGAUUUUCAAUCAAUAAGGCAGCAAAGAGUAGGUGUGGAAUUUGCAAUGGACAAGGUGCCAUAGAAUGCCCUGGGUGCAAGGGAACUGGAAAGAAUAAGAAGAAUGGAAACAUCUUUGAAAGAUGGAAGUGUUUUGACUGCCAAGGUUUUGGUUUAAAGAGUUGUCCUAACUGUGGUAAGGGAGGACUUACACCAGAACAAAGAGGGGAAAGAUGAGGAUAUAUAUGAGCUCUAAGAACAACAAAGAUAAGAAAAAUCUAUAUGAAGAAGUAUCUCAAAAAUGCGCGAUCUUCAUAUCUUAAUUUUUUGGACUUUCUUUGACUAAGAUACUUCACUUUUAGAAUUUGGUCCCUAUUUAUUGUGAGCUUAAAAAUGUAAUUUAAAUACUACUUUUUAUUGAACUAUACUCCUCUUAUUCC